GUGUUCUCUUCCUAUCUGACCUACUCUUAAAAAAACCAAGCAAAAAAAAAGAAAUCUUCUCAUCGCUGAAAAGAAAUAUUCCUCAAAAAAACUUAAUCUUUUUGGUGCUUGUAUAAUGGCGAUUUCUGCAAGUGCUACUUUAACAGCUCAAUUCCCAAAUUGUUACAGACCAAAUGACCAUAAAUGCCCUUCCUCUUCUUCAUUAUCUUUCUGUAAAUCAAACUCAAGUACCCUUCUUAUUGGUCCUUCAAGUAUAUCAUCACGAGAUGGCCAGAAAGCUAGGAGAUCCUUCCAUGUUCAUGGCUUAUUUGGUGCCAAAAAGGAUAGUAACAACGAUGACAAUUCUUCGAAGGCUGGAAUAUUAGGAAACAUGCAAAAUCUAUAUGAAACUGUAAAGAAGGCACAAAUGGUUGUUCAAGUCGAGGCAGUACGUGUGCAGAAAGAACUUGCAGCUGCAGAGUUUGAUGGCUAUUGUGAAGGUGAACUUAUAAAGGCAACACUUUCUGGUAACCAACAGCCAGUGCGCAUUGAGAUAACUGACGCUGCCAUGGAAUUGGGACCUGAUAAACUCUCACUUCUAGUAGCAGAGGCGUACAAGGACGCGCACCAGAAAAGUGUGCUGGCAAUGAAGGAGAGAAUGAACAAUCUUGCUCAGAGCUUAGGGAUGCCAGCAGGAUUAGAAGGAAUGAAGUGAUUUGAGAUAACCAGAAAGAAGCUCCAAGUUACAUAUGAAGGAAUUUGGAACAAAAGGGUCGGAACUCGCAGAUAAGAAAGGAGAGAAACAAAGCAAUUUUUGUUUAUAAGCUUUGCAACAAUGGUGUUCUACUAACCAUUAUCUAUUUAAGCUUUCAUCUAUUAACAACACUUUAAUUAUUAUUUGCUGCCAGCUUAGGUUUUCCCUUUUUGCUAUAGUUAAAACAUGAGCAAGUAGAACAUUCAGCUAUAUUGUUUACGCAUCAAUGGAAGGUUUGGUAUGCGGAGAA